AUGGACCCGGAUCCGUUCGAAAACGUGCGGGUUACCGUGCCUGAUGGCUACAAGUACCUUCGACCGAUCAACGAAGUUAUGGUCACUAUGGUGGGCAAACCGAUCACUCCGAGUCUUGUAUACUUUGUGCAAGGACUCAAUCCGAACGAUGAAUAUGUGAUGAAGCUGAGACUGAAAUGUUUGGACGAUUGUGUGUAAGUCUGGAAGCCUACAAUAGCGUUUGAUUUUGAGAAGAACAUUUGUACGACCACGUUCAGGAGUACUGUAACUUCUAUGCUACAGCAAACAAAUGCAAUUUUCAGAACGUCCUGCAAAAAGGAUGCAUGCGCUUUCAACUGGCCGUCGCUCGCCAAUCGGGAACACGCGAGUAGGCCCGGAACCGGACAGUUUUGGAUGGAAAACCACAUAGACAUGAGCGAGGUGACCGUGACCAGAUCGAGAAAUCGGGCGAACCGAGGCCUGUUCACAGUGCCAAAUCACACCUACGUGCCCAUUCUGACGCUCGUUCAUUGCCGAUCCGAGAAGACGUUGAAGAUAAAAAACGAGGAGCUGAAGUUCAAGGCGGUCAUAAAAAAGUAUCAGAACGAGUGGAUUCGAGCCGUGAAAAGCCGUAAGCUGUGGGAUAAAUUGGCGCAAUGCGGAUGUACGAUUCCACAGGAAUCGGAACGAUGCGUGAGAAGACAGAUCGAUGGAGACUGCGCGUUUCUGAAAGAGUUCGGAAUCAAUGUGAGGUGGAGAUCUCCCACUUUUCAGUUCGGUUUCUUUUUCAGGCCAGAACCAGACUUGA